GCAAAAUAAAACAGCUGAUUGAAGCAAGCAAAGCGUUGUUUACAAAAAUUUAGAUGGAAAUAACUAUUUAAAUAUUUUAAUUUAUAUUAAAUUUAACUGCCACAUAAUGCAACCUAAUGUGUGUCGUACUUGUGGAAAACACACAACUAUCGAAAAAUCAUUGAAUUUAUUCGAAAACAGCAAUCAAACCACACUGAAGCACAUCGAGUUAAUAAUUGGGGCUUCGUUGCAAAAUUGUAUCACCUGGCCAAAUUUGUUAUGUAUGCCCUGCCAAACUCGUGUAAAACUAGCCAAUUCAUUCCGGGAACGUUGUUUGGAGGUUCAAAAGGAAUUGUUCGAAUCGUUAUAUGCAGAAGAUAUUUCAUUCCCCCAGGAAUCUGCCAGAAAAAACUCUGAGCUAGAGGAACACUUGGAAGAGUCACAAAUUAGUAUUGAAAUCGAACGAAUAGAGGGAGAAUCCAGUGAAACGGCCUGCUUAGAAUUUGAAGACAUCCUAAGUGACUCUGAGAUCUGUGAGGAAACCAAUAACAACGACGAUGUUGUUUAUGAUGAUGUUAAUUACCUAAUUUACGAAAGCGACGAAGAUGUAAAUGAAAAAUCAAAUCUCAAAACCAACCCUGCGAAACAAAAAACUGGAAGAAAACGUCGGAAAUUGUGCCAAACAAAUGGUACCUUCUUUUGUGAGGAGUGCGGAAAUCAUAUAAAAGGACAUAUAGCAUUCAUAUUGCAUUGUAAGCGACAUCGUGGCGUCAAGGAGUUUCAUUGCGAAUUCUGUGAGGAUCGCUUCUGCACACCGGCGGAACUUAAACGCCACGUUCGCAGACACACCGGGGAAAAGCCCUUCAAGUGCCGAUACUGUCCCCGCAGCUUCUCAGACUCCAGUACUCGGUUGAAGCAUGAGCGGACGCACACGAAUGAGCGUCCCUUUGCCUGCACUGAGUGCAAAAGUGCCUUCACAACUGCAUACAUUCUAAAGAACCACAUGCUUGUGCAUACCGGCGAGAAGGCUUUCAAGUGCGACCUGUGUGAUAAGUCCUUUAGUCGCGAUACACACCUUACUACUCAUUUCCGUUCGAAUGCCCACAAACGCAACAUGGUGAAGGAAGGCUCAUCCAAAUAUAAGGAUUCUGAACUAUUCAUUUAAAAAUUUAAAAACAUUUAGGAGCAUAUUGCAGAUAGACCUUAAUACCGAAUAAACAAAACUGUACACUA